CCGAAUAUGAAAAUCCAGACCCGUUUUCUUGUAAGACUUUUUGGACACCAUACCAAUUCACCGCCAUUUUACCGCCGCUUAAAUCAACGCACAAAAUUUCUUCAAAACUCUAAUUUUUAUUUUAUUAUUAUUUUUAAUUCACUGUGUGAUCUAGGCCUAGACACAAUUCACAUUUUAUUUUUUAUUUUUCAUUUUUUUGGAUCAUUUUUUCAGUGGUAAAUUACCAGUUCGAUAACCAACGCCAAGAACCCUAGAAUUUGUUGGUGAGGAGAGAGGGAUCAAAGUCGUCUCCGGUGUACAGAUCGGAAAUUUGUUAGGACUGGUGUUGGAUGGAGACCAAGCGCGACGAGGAUCGGAGCGAGAGCAGUGACUACACAUCGGAGGAUGAAGGGAUUGAGGAUUAUCGGCGAGGAGGCUACCACGCUGUUAGAAUCGGUGAUACCUUCAAGAAUGGCCGCUAUGUCGUACAGAGCAAGCUCGGUUGGGGCCAUUUCUCUACAGUCUGGCUCGCUUGGGACACUCAACAAUCUCGCUACGUAGCUUUGAAAGUGCAAAAGAGUGCUGAUCAUUACACUGAGGCGGCCAUGGAUGAGAUAACCAUAUUGAAACAAAUUGCAGAAGGAGACCCAGAUGAUAAAAAAUGUGUAGUGAAGCUUCUGGACAAUUUUAAACAUUCAGGACCCAAUGGGCAGCAUGUUUGCAUGGUUUUUGAGUAUUUGGGUGAUAACUUGUUGACCCUUAUUAAGUAUUCGGAUUACCAUGGGUUGCCCAUACAUAUGGUCAAGGAGAUAUGUUAUCACGUUCUGGUGGGAUUGGAUUACUUGCAUAAACAACUCUCUAUUAUACACACCGAUUUGAAGCCAGAAAAUAUCUUGUUGUUGUCAAUGAUAGACCCAUCUAAAGAUCCAAGAAAGUCAGGCAUUCUUCCCAUUCUUCCAAACAGUAAAGAUAUUGUUUCAUUAGAUUCUGGGGUUGCAAAAGAUGUUAAGAUGUCAAAUGGGGAUUUGAAUAGGAACCAGAAGAAAAAAAUUCGAAGAAAGGCUAAACAAGCAGCCCAGGGAUGUGCGGACAAGGAAGUUACAGCCGAAGAUGAUGUUGGGCCAGUGACAUCUGGCUCAGUGGAGCCAUCCUCUGCUACAAAAUUCAAAGUUGGUUCAGUUGAAGACCAGGCUGGUAGUUCUGUCCAUGCAAAUAGGUUAUCAGAAGCUGAUGAAACAAAGAGCACUGGACCAGGAAAUCAGGGUAUUCGGAGGGGAAGUCGCUUAACAAGGCAGAAGCUCUUGUCAUCAGUUGAUUUGAAUUGCAAAUUGGUUGACUUUGGGAAUGCAUGUUGGACGUACAAACAGUUCACAAAUGAUAUUCAGACAAGACAGUAUAGGUGUCCUGAGGUGAUUCUAGGAUCUAAAUAUUCCACUUCUGCGGAUCUUUGGUCUUUUGCUUGCAUCUGUUUUGAGCUUGCAACUGGUGAUGUACUGUUUGAUCCUCACAGCGGUGACAACUAUGAUAGGGAUGAGGAUCACUUAGCACUAAUGAUGGAGCUUCUUGGAAUGAUGCCCCGCAAGAUUGCUUUAGGUGGUCGCUACUCUCGUGAUUACUUUAAUAGAUACGGUGAUUUGCGGCACAUCCGUCGCUUGCGUUUUUGGCCCCUACAAAAGGUUCUUAUAGAGAAGUAUGAUUUCAGUGAGCAGGAUGCUAUUGACAUGACCAACUUCCUGGUUCCUAUCCUUGAUUUUGUCCCUGAGAAGCGGCCUACGGCUGGUCAGUGUCUUCUUCAUCCAUGGAUCAAUGCAGGCCCUCGUCUAUUGGAGCCUUCUAGUUCUUCUGAUAAGAAACAAGCUGUGGAUGGUGCUACUCAAAAAACGAAGAGGGAAAAAGAUGACAGGGAGGCAAUGGAGGUUGGAAUGGGAAAUAUUGCCAUUACUUCAGAUUCCAAACCAGUGAAAGAUCUACCAUCUGGUAGUAAACCCUCUUAGGGUAGUGACAAGUAGUUCUUCUAGGUAGAACUCUACCUUAGUUUUUUAUAUGAAAGUGGCAUCUCUAUCACAUUCUUGAUGGUAGCUGGUUUCCUGGGCUAGGAGCCAUGAUUCUUCCUCUGUUGGUUUGAUUUAUAUUUAUACAUUGUGGAUGGGCGUGGGAAGGUAGAAUAGUACUUGAGCUAAUAGGGGUGAAACUUUGGAGAAGGAAAAGCUGCUUGAAGAAGUUAAGCUUGAAGAAAUUACUCUCAGAUUGUGAGAAAAUCCUCUUUCUGAAUACGAUGUUCAUUGAUACAGUGGAAGCCAACAAAUAUUUGAAAACCUUUUUUCCCGAAAUUGGUGAAAUUUGAAGUUCUAAAAUGUAUUUUGUUGGACCACUCACCAUUUUUUUGGUGGUUUGUAUUUUUGAUUGCAUAUAUGACCAAGAUCUGUGUAUAAUACAUUAUCUUAUCGCA